AUGGUCCUCUUCGAAACCGAUCGACAAACCACCCGCAUCGCCGUCGUAGGCGCCGGCGAUGUCGGCGCCGCGUGCGCGUUUGCCUGCAUCAUGAACCACGUGGCGGGCGAAAUCCUCCUCGUUGACAUCAAGGAGAGCUUUCGCGACGCCCAGGUCCUCGAUCUCGGCGACGCAGCCUACCGUGGCAGUCCCUCGGUUCGCGCCGGGAGCUACAAGGAGGCCGGGCAGUGCGACAUUGUCGUCGUCACCGCCGGCGCGAAACAAAAGCCCGGCGAGAGCAGGCUGCAGCUCAUCGGUCGCAAUAUCGACAUUCUGAGCACGGUCAUCGAAGGCAUGAAGCCCUUCCGGAAAGAUACCAUUCUCCUGCUGGUCGCGAACCCCGUCGAUGUCUUGACGUGCUUCGCGCAGGAGGUGGCGGGCUUGCCUAGGGAGCAGGUCAUUGGUUCUGGUACCUUUUUGGAUUCGAUCCGCCUGCGAGGCAAGCUAUCACAGAAGAUUGGUAUUUCACAAAACUCCAUCGAAGCCUUCGUACUUGGCGAACACGGAGACAGCCAAUUCGUCGCCUGGUCUCUCGCCACAGUCUCCGAUGCCGUCGCCGAGGCCUGCCGCAACUCCGCAGCAACAAUCAUCGACGGCAAGGGAGCCACCUCCUUCGGCAUAGGCGCCAUCGUCUCCUCCAUCUGCUCCGCCAUCCUCUUCGACAAGCGUCUCGUCCGCCCCAUCUCCCACUGGGUCCCCGAGCUCGACUGCUGCAUCAGCCUGCCCGAGAACGAGGCUCUCGAGAAAUCUGCAGCCACGAUCCGCGCUGUCAUUGCAGAUGCGAGGAAGAAGAUCAAGGUGCCUCUUCUUGAGGAGAUAGAAGCGCAGAAAAAUAAGGAAGGGGAGGCGUAA